AUGAGUGCCAUAUUAUCAGCGGACGACUUGAAUGAUUUCAUAUCACCAGGAGUGGCCUGUAUUAAACCAGUACAAGACGUUCCCGCCAGUCACGAGUCAAACGAGAGCGGAGAAGUUGAAAUUCAGAUAGAUUCCGAAGGUAAUCCACUUGAAAUAUCAAAAAUUGAUGGAAAACAAACCAGUUUAACGCCAGCACAGAUUUCCCUAGCGGACUGUCUUGCUUGUUCAGGAUGUAUAACGUCAGCUGAGGAAGUUUUAGUAGCACAGCAUUCACAUCAAGAGCUCGUAAAGGCAUUGAAAUUAAAAGAUAAGAUAUUUGUUGCCAGUAUAUCACAACAACUGCGUGCAUCCUUGGCCAUGGCGUAUGAUCUACCGGUAGAAACAAUAGACAAACUACUAGUCAAUUUAUUAGCCGAUCAAAUGGGAUUUCAAAAAGUUGUUGGAACAUCUCUAGGGAGGAAAUUUUCGCUAAUCAAUGAAGCAAAAUACGUUAUGGCAAAUAGAGGUAAAGAUUCGAAGCCAAUACUAUCAUCGAUAUGCCCUGGAUGGGUGUUGUAUGCCGAAAAGACACACCCCUAUGUGCUACCCAUGAUCUCACCCGUAAAGUCAGCUCAGCAAAUCACAGGUUGCUUGUUAAAGACUCUCACCGCCGACGAGUUUCAUGUACCAAAGUCGCAAGUUUAUCAUUUGUCAAUCAUGCCUUGUUUUGACAAGAAACUAGAAAGUGCUAGACCAGAGAUAUUCGGCGACACGAUUCCGGAUGUUGAUUGCGUGUUGACACCAAAGGAAUUGAUCGCGUUGCUCGAAGAAGAGAACUACCAGCUUGUGCCCAAAAUUGAGCCAAAAAGUUUGACUUUACCAAUAGAGGAAGUCUAUGACCUUGUAGCUCCAAAGUACUGGCCAUAUCCCCGAUACUCGUGGACCAACGAUCCAGGUUCCUCAUCAGGUGGGUAUGCCUUCAAUUAUCUUCGAUUUUUCCAGAACGAUUUGAUACUGAAAGGAUAUAAUGAGAGUGAUUUUUCAAUGAAAGUGAUACUGGGAAAAAACUCAGAUGUGUUUGAAAUGAGACUAAUGUACAAGGAGGAAAGAGUCGCAAGUGCAGCAAUCGUCAAUGGGUUUAGAAACAUUCAAAAUUUAGUGAGGAAGCUCAAACCGAAUGCAAAGACGGUUGGGAGAGUAAAUCCAUUGGCUGCACGAAGAAGAGCGAGAAUGAAGGAACCUGAAUCCACCUCUGUUGAAGAAACGGCUGAUCCGUCCAAGGUUGAUUACGUUGAAAUCAUGGCAUGUCCUAGUGGAUGCAUCAAUGGUGGAGGCCAAAUCAAACCACCCAAUGACGUAUCCGAGAAGGACUGGAUUGGUGAAGUUUUGUCAAAAUAUAAUACGGUUUCUACUUUUGAUUUAUCAUUGCAUCCAGGGGAAGUACAGCGGCUAAAGGAUUAUAGGGAUUUAUUUGAGCAACUGUAUGGCGUUAAUGAGGAUAGGUUACUAAAGACUCAUUUCAAUGAAGUUGAAAAGCCAACUGAUCCAACAGCAAUACUUGUGGGAUCAAAGUGGUGA